CCCCAGCGCCCCGUCCGCCCGCGUCCCGUCCACCAUGGCUCCGGGCCCGGGCCUCGCGCUGCUGCUGCUGCUGCUGCUCCCGGCGGCGGUGACCGGCCAGGCUGCCUCCCAGGACAACUGUACGUGCUCCACCAAUAAGAUGACCAUCUGUAGCCGGGACACCCCAGGCGGCCGCUGCCGGUGCGUUGCGCUCGGCUCCGGCGUCGAGGUCGACUGCUCCACGCUGACGGCCAAGUGCCUGCUGCUCAAGGCGCGCGUGAAAGCCACCAAGAGCGGCCGCAUGCUGGUGCGCCCCAGCGAGCACGCGCUCGUGGACAACGACGGCCUGUACGACCCCGACUGCGACCCCGAGGGCCGCUUCAAGGCGCGCCAGUGCAACCAGACGUCGGUGUGCUGGUGCGUGAACUCGGUGGGCGUGCGCCGCACCGACAAGGGCGACCUGAGCCUGCGCUGCGACGAGCUGGUGCGCACCCACCACAUCCUCAUAGACCUGCGCCACCGCCCGGCCGCGCGCGCCUUCAACCACUCGGACCUGGACGCCGAGCUGCGGCGGCUGUUCCGCGAGCGCUACCGGCUGCCCCCGCGCUUCCUGGCGGCCGUGCACUACGAGCGGCCCACCAUCCAGAUCGAGCUGCGGCAGAACGCGUCGCAGAAGGCCCCCGGCGACGUGGACAUCGCCGACGCCGCCUACUACUUCGAGAGGGACGUCAAGGGCGAGUCGCUGUUCCCGGGGCGCGGCGGCCUCGACGUGAGCGUGCGCGGGGAGCCGCUGCUGGUGGAGCGCGCGCUCGUCUACUACCUGGACGAGAAGCCGCCCCAGUUCUCCAUGAAGCGCCUCACCGGCGGCCUCAUCGCCGUCAUCGUGGUGGUCGUGGUGGCCCUGGUCGCAGGCCUGGUCGUCCUGGUGAUCAGCAACCGCCGGAGAUCGGGGAAGUACAGGAAGGUGGAGAUCAAGGAACUGGGGGAGCUGAGAAAGGCGCCGAGCUUGUAGGUACGGGCGGGGCGCGGGGAGGGCGGGGCGCGGACCCUAGCGGGUCUCCCAGUCACGGCUCUUGAAUCCUGGCCCAAAGGAGACCUGUCUCUCCCCGGAUCCCUGCCUCUCCGCACCCCCACCCAGCUGGGUGGAUCCUGGUCUGGGAGUCACCUCUCUUUGUGACUUCUGACUUGGAGGAAGCAUUUCUAAAAUCCCUUCCCGUUGGGUCCCAACACCUCUAAGAGUCAAGGGAAGCCUGGCAUAGGGUUAGGAAUGAGAAUCGAGGGUCUGUGUGACACCGCAGCAUCUUUACGAGGGAGGCCGUCGAGGUGGAAGGCUUCAGUGGCGUCUGGAUGGGAGACGGCGCUUUUCCCGUCUCCGGCUGAAGCUGUUAAACCGCUUGGCUCCACUCGGCUCCUGGCCUUCCCGACGAGGAGUUGGCUCGCUGGGCCGCACUUACUAUCAUUUGCACGACCAGCCACGUAGGCUGGGCACCGGGAAAGGGGUCCAGACGUCGGUCUCAGAUGCCUGAGCGCAUUUUUAGAUGUCUUUGUUUGGGAGCGGACUCUGCCCGGGAACUCAGCGGCUGGCCCCUCAGCUCGCCCUUGUUACAGCUGAUGUUAGUCAUGUUUCUUUUGUAAAAUGUUUGUACAUAUGUUGUCUUUGAUAAUGCUGCUGAUUUUUUUUAAAAAAACACGAAUUUAAUAAAAUAUGGGAAAGGCACAUA